AUGGGAAAGGGGUUUACAGGAUCAGAGAGAACCACGGCGCUACUGGACACAGGCAGCGACAGGUCUUACUGUGCCAAAGGACUGGUCGAAAGACUAAGAAUACGAGGGAAACCAACAUCACUCUUCAUAAACACGUUAACCCAAGGGGAACAAUGUAACACCACAGAAGUAGAUCUGGAAGUAAGAGGCAUUAACACCCGGAGAGCGAAGUGCCCCAUAUCCCUUCCUAAGGUACUAGUACUUGACAGACUGCCACCUUCUUUAGAAAACUCAACAGCUACAGCCCUAGACAUAGAUGCUUGGGGACAUCUUCGAGGACUUGCUCCACUUCCACCAAACAGACGAGUCGCAGAGUUACUGAUUGGACAAGAUUGCCCAGAUGCCCUGACUCCCCUCGAGUGUCGGACGGGGCCGGAUGGAGCACCUUUUGCAAUAAGGACAAGAUUGGGUUGGACGAUUAAUGGGCCCCUGAUGGGCAAUUUAACUCACAGGUUUACAACGGAAUGUUCCAUGCUGACUGCCUCUACAGAAAAAACUCGUUUGGAAGAGCAGGUGAGGCGCUUCUGGGAAAUCGAAGCAUUACAUCAGACCCCGGGAGAUGGCUCCCCAUCAUCGGUAGAGGAUAAACGGGUCAUCAAGCUUUGUUCGUCGACUGGACAGAGAGUACAGGGACAAUACCAAUUCCCAAUUCCAUUCCGACGUCAACCGCCCUGCCUACCUGACAACAGAGCGCUCGCCGAGCGUCGCUUACUGGGACUAAAGAAACGCCUAUCGAGGGACACAAGGUUGAGACGACGGUACAAGGAGGAGAUGAAAAAAUUAUUCAAUGAAGGCUUCGCCGAAAGGGUGCCACGAAGGCAAUUAUCGAAGUCCGGUGGAAAUAGGUGGUACCUGCCUCAUCACCCAGUACUAAACCCCAAUAAACCAGACAAGGUACGGAUCGUCUUCGAUUAUGCAGCAGCCUUCACGAAGACUUCACUCAACAACCAAGAGCUCCAAGGACCAGACCUCAACAACAAAUUGAUUGGAGUACUCAUGCGGUUUAGACAAGAGCCGAUCGCCCUGAUGGCCGACAUCGAAGCAAUGUUCCAUCAAGUGAAGGUAAACCCCGAGCACAGAGACACUUUACGAUUCCUCUGGUGGGAAGGUGGAGAUUUGACACAAACGCCAAUGACAUGUAGGAUGACAGUGCAUCUCUUCGGAGGAGUGUGGAGUCCCUCGUGCGCGGCCUAUGCUCUGCAACGGACCUUCCAAGACUUCGGAGAUGGGUUCUCGGAUGCCGCAAAUAGAGCGAAAUCAAACUUCUAUGUAGACGACCUGCUCCUGUCAGUAACUGAACCAAAAGAAGCAAUUAUGAUAUCUCGGCAGUUGCGACAUCUUCUAUCCCUGGGAGGUUUUAAACUCACAAAAUGGAUCAACAACGACAAAGAGGUCCUCAACACGAUACCACUUGAAAGUCGACAUGCUGGAGUGAAGGAAGUGACCCUGGGAUGUGAAGACCUACCCACGGAGAGAGCCUUGGGAGUCAUGUGGGACCUGACUGGAGACCAGUUUGCAGCAAAGCUCAUUUUUCAAGACGAAUGCAGGCGGAAGAAGGACUGGGACGAAGACAUCACCAAGCAAAACCUUCUCAAGUGGUUGCGCUGGCUUGAAGAUUUGAAAUCACUGCGAAACUUCAAAGUUCCUCGCUGCUACAGACCUGGGGGCCUGGGUUGUGCCACCUCAUCGCAACUCCAUCACUUCUGUGACGCCUCACAAGUGGCCUAUGCAGUUGUAACGUACCUACGGACAGUAGAUAAUGAAGGUAAUGCCAUAUGUUCUUUCGUUUGUGGCAAGGCUCGUCUGGCCCCUCUCAAACAGCUAACGGUCCCAAGGCUAGAACUCUGUGCAGCAGUCCUGGCGACAAGAGUAGACCAGACAAUCAAGCGUGAAAUUGGAGUCCCACUUGAAAAAUCCGUGUUCUGGACGGACAGUAUGAUUGUGAUCAUGUACAUUAGCAACCUAGAGAAACGUUUCCAUACCUUCGUUGCCAACAGGAUCUCAGCUAUACAUGUACGAUCAAGAUGGAAUCCAACAGAAGAUGCUAUAAGAGGCAUACCUGUUGAAGACAUGUUAAAAGAAUGCAGAUGGAUUGAUGGUUCUUUUUUUUUGUCUCUACCUGAGAAGUACUGGCCGAUAAAACCGGAAAUCAGACACGAACUUGAGAAUGAUCCUGAGGUUAAGCUCGAGGCGGUGUCAUUAGCCACAGCAGGAAAUAAUGCUGAUGCCAUCAUGAAGCUGCUAUGGAACAGGUACUCAUCAUGGCAUGCGCUGCAGAGAGGUGUAUCCUGGAUCAGGCGAGUAUCCAGUAUCCUGAGACACGACUUUCAGGGUGCAACAUCAAAGCCGCUGGAAUUGCCUGAACUGCGGAAUUCCAAGUGGGCCAUUAUUCGGUUCCUGCAACAGGAGGCCUAUGCGCGGGAAGCACACGCGGUGGGCGCUGGUCAUUCCGGGAGAGAACAUACACUGUCCAUACUCCGGUGUGAGUUCUGGAUAGCCCGUUGCCGCCCUCUGCUCGAUAAGAUAAUAAAGGAGUGUGCCACUUGCCGCCGUAACAAUUGGAAGCCCACUAGGCAAAGGGAAGCCAUGCUGCCCGAAGACCGGACCAAGCCCGGGGAGCGUCCCUUCACUUACAAGGGCACUGAUUGCUUUGGCCCAUUCACAGUAAGACAAGGACGAAAGAGUACCAAGCGAUAUGGCUGCAUAUUCACCUGUCUAGCUACUCGUGCAAUGCACCUGGAGGUGUUGGAGUCUCUAGAUACAGAUGCACUCCUAAACACUACUGUCCUCUUCAUCGCCAGAAAGGGUACGACUCCGAAACGUAUUCGUUCAGACAAUGGCGCCAACAUGGUCGGGGCUUGCAAGGAACUCCGUGCGGCAGUGCGUAGUUGGAGGAAUGAUGAACGCAUAAACAGACACUUUCAGAAGAAAGAUAUAGAAUGGGUAUUCAACCCUCCAGCGGCUUCACACAUGGAAGGAGUCUGGGAACGGCAAAUCCGAACAGUCAGAAAGGUUCUCAGAGCAAUUGUGGGAACCCAAGUCCUGGAUGAAUAUCGACUGUAG